ACCUCUUAUCCACUCGGUACUCCUGAAGCAACCACACAUCAAGGAAAGCUUCAAUCGACAAUGGCGACCUCAAACCCUCUCUUCUCAUCGCCACUCCCUCUUUCACCACUCAGACCUCACGCGCCGCGGCUCCUCACUCUAUCCUUCACCACCAAAGCAACCUCCGAAGACGAUCCCUCUCCCACCUCUGAAUCAUCAGAGACUGAGAGCUUCGAUGACCGUCUCUCGCAGGUCCGGCUGCGUUACCGGAGUGGCACAGGGAAGAAAGCCGACGCCCGGAAGAGCAAGAAGUCUGGGAAGAAACCCGGCGGGAGUUCUGGAUCUGGAGCAAACAUAUACCUCCCGCCGGUGCCUUUGAAGGAGCCGAUGUCGGGUGGACUGAAGGUGGAUUUCGGGUUCAGCCCGUAUUCAGAGAGGAUCAAUGGGCGGGUGGCGGCUCUUGGGUUGUCGGCGUUGGUGUUGGUGGAGCUGGCGACGGGAGAGAGUGUGAUAAAAUACCAUACACCGUCGAUAAUAUUUAUUCAGGUGUAUUUUGUGGCGGCCAUGACGGCCUUAUAUUGUAAGGUUGAAAAGGAAAAGGUCAGCGUUUGGCCACCAUCGGCCUCCGGUUAACCGGAAUACUCAGACGUGGAUGAUUUGGAAUACUUGUAUUAAAAUAUUUUGUUUUUUAAACAAUCAUAUUAUUUGUAAAAAUAAGAGAGAGUAACAACAUAUGAGAUGAUGACACAGAUUAUGAAA